CUUUAUAAGUUGCAGGGAGGCAAGGUGUGUGUAACAAUGCCGCAUGUAUUUUAAGAAGAACGCAAAUUUGGAAGCGCCUAAUUUGUGAAGCAAAAAACAAUAUCACGUUCCGAUGGGCACGUUAAUAGGGCACAUAGUGCCUGGAUUGGCACUCUUCCUUCUUGGCCUGUGGCACACCAUCAACACCAUCAAAGCUUAUUUUUUGAAAGGCCCUUCCAACUUCACCGUAAGAUUCUGGUACCAAUUCGAUGCCUUUCAUUCUAGACUCAAACAUUUGGAGCUCAUUUCCAUUCUAUCUUUCUCCAUCCUUGCAAUUUCCCUUCAAGUUCUGGAUUUUCCUUCUUUUCACCUUCUUUUUGAGCUGGACAGCUUCGAGCAUGUAACCAUGUUCUUGCAGCUUAUUGUGUUUGCAAGCUUCAUCCUUUGUGCAGAACUUUUUACUGAUUCAUUUGAGCUUUUGUCUGGGUUUGUUGGGAUCCUUGCAUCCUCAGUUUUUGCUCAAGAGUUGUUUUUGCUUCAUUUUCACUCCACCGAUCACGUCGGAAUUGAAGGACACUACCACUGGUUGCUUCAGCUCAUAGUGUUCAUCUCACUUUUAUCAGCUAUUUCUGCAACUUCUUUCCCCAAGAGUUUUCCAGCAGCACUUGUUCUUUCCAUUUCUGUCAUGUUUCAAGGUUGUUGGUUUCUCAACAUGGGAUUCCUGUUAUGGGUUCCUGCUUUUGUCCCUCAAGGUUGUUCCAUGAAUCAUUUAGGCAAGACCAAAACUGGCCAUAAUAAUCAUAGCAUGCUUGGAGCAAUUUCUUGUGGCUCUGAUGAGGCUGAUUUUAGAGCCAGAGCUUUAGCUAAUUUACAGUUCGGUUAUCUUUGUGCUAUUCUGACAGUUUCAGGAAUAAUCUGUCUCAAAAUGGCUAAAAGAUCCACCAUUUCCGACAGACUGGUUGAGUACCAGAGACUUCAUAGCAGAGUUGCAGAUCCCACAAUAACCACUGAAGGUUUGAAGCUUGUUCAUUCACAAUUUCUUAAGCAGGAAGAAACUUGAAAGUGUGAUAUAUGAAAUAUCCUUUGUAUGGGAAUUAUAAUUACACGAGCCAAGGUUGAUCUUGUGUUUUAUCCAACUAUCUGUUGGAUUUGUUAGGUACUUUUGUCAAUAUGUAUAAAUCAAAUCCUCUGGAUACUAGAUCACAACUUGAAUGCUGCUAUGUUUUUCUUCUGGAAUACCGGUUCAUACAUAUAUAAAUAUAAAAUAUGUAAAAUAUGUUUUUACUUGUAAUGACAUCUAAGUUUGAAUCCUAUUGAAGAAAAUUUUGCGGGCCAAA